AAAAUGUUAUUGUUGAACUAAAAUUAUAACUUAUAACUACAAAUAAUUAACCUUCUAACAUAACGGAUGUUAACUGUCGUAAAAACAAAUAAAGCAGUCGAGCUGCGACUAACGUUUGUUCUAGUAAAUGAUUGUGUUUUUGCUUUUAAAGGUAUUGUAGAAUUAUUUUAAAUAACAGUCAGUACAAUUUUAUUAUCAGUAGAUUAGUUUGCAAAGCGCAAAAAAUCAUAAAAUAUAGAUUGCCUCAUCCUGCGCUCCCCCUUACUCACCUCCCAAAAAACAAAUGCAACCACAUACAAUGGAGGAAAUAUGAUUGUAAAACCAGGAAAAUCAUAUUUUAAAAUACGAAAAACAACUAAACCUUGAAUAACAUCUUUUGCAUUCAUAUGUUAUUAUAAGCUAUAUACAGUGUAAGUAUAAGCGAGACAAAUGAUGAAGAAAAACUAUACAAAACAACUUUCGGGGGGGGGGACCCAGUCUUUCUAAAUGAAAGCAAAUAAAUACAAAAGAAAUUGAUAAAAAAUUCCAUUACAAAAUAAUGACAUCUAUUUGCCAUUGAUUUGUUUGACAAAUAAAUAAAUAAAUAAAAACAGACUAAAAAUGUUGAUUGAUUUAUGUUCAGUUCCUUGUUACAGAAAGGAGUCUUUAGUUUGUAAAUGGAUCUACUGCUCAAUGUAUUUAUAACGUCUCACUGAACUUCAGUGGAUUACUGCCAUCCCCUUGUUUUUAUUUCUGUCAUUUUGGCAGAUGAAGCCAUAAAGUGGCAUAAAAAAAGGCAAAGGUACUAUUUCAAAUGUCCUAAACCACCCAAAAGAAUAGUUACAACAGGCACCCCAGUCACCUAUUCUGUUUAUAUUUAUAAUAUAUACAUCUGCUCAAUAUAUAAUACAUAUAAAAACAGUUUAAAAAAUAAUAUCUAUGUUCAACAAGUACGUUGUAUCGUUCUAUCAUACAUUCAGUAUACUAUUUGUGUUUUGCAAACAAAACUCCUUUUAUGUGUAAAAGGCAGGGCCAACAUGGAUUAAAGGAAGCAGUCAGAGAAUGCACAAUUACCACCAAGAAUGGAACAUAGAAGACGCCAGAAAGUAGUAAAAAAGCAAUGAAUGAUGACCAUAGUUGACAGAUCUUCAGAUAAGUCUGACUACCAGUCAGUGGGCUUUAAGCGGUCCCCCUUCAACAGUAGAGAUUUGGCAAUGGAUGGGAGCUGUUCUAGCAGCUGGGUGGUGGGACCCACCAUGCCCAGUGACUCUCAGAGGCUGAGGGCUCCAGGCAGUUGUCUGGGUCCAACACCUGGAGCUGCUGUCUACAAUAGUACUCCUUCCUCUGUGGACAGACCCAAGGAGCAAGUGAUGCAUAGUGGUGAUGGCAUCGAGUCACCUCAGAGGGUCCUGUUCCCUCUGGAGAAGCUCAGCCUGAAGUGGACACAGAUUCAUCGUGUGGGUGCAGGUCUGCAGAACAUGGGGAACACCUGCUUCCUCAAUUCAGCCCUGCAGUGUCUGACCUACAUCCCACCGUUUGCUAACUACAUGCUGACACGGGAGCACUCUAAAACAUGUCAUGAGCCUGGCUUCUGUAUGAUGUGCACCAUGCAAAACCACAUUACCCAAGUGUUUGCAAAUUCUGGAAAUGUCAUUAAGCCCAUCGGUGUGCUCAAUGAACUCAAAAGGAUAGCAAAGCACUUCCGCUACGGAAGCCAAGAGGAUGCCCACGAGUUCCUGCGGUACACGGUGGAUGCUAUGCAAAAGUCCUGUUUACCUGGACCCAAAUUGGACAGGCAAACACAGGCAACUACUUUUAUCCACCAAGUGUUUGGUGGGUACCUUCGGUCCAGAGUUAAAUGUUUAAACUGCAAAGCGGUUUCUGACACAUUUGACCCCUUUUUGGAUAUUGCUCUAGAAAUAAAGAUGGCUCCCAGCAUCACCAAAGCUCUGGAGCUGUUUGUCGAGCCAGAACAGCUGGAUGGUGAAAAUGCCUACAAGUGCUCAAAGUGCAAAAAAAUGGUGACAGCCUCAAAGAGAUUUACCAUCCACCGCAACCCUAAUGUCCUCACCCUCGCACUUAAGCGUUUUGCAAAUUUCACCGGAGGCAAAAUUACAAAGGAUGUGAAGUAUCCAGAGUAUCUAGAUCUACGUCCCUUCAUGUCUCAGUCCCAGGGAGAGUCCCAGGUUUACGCUCUGUACGCUGUGCUGGUCCACUCUGGGUUCAGCUGUCAUGCUGGACAUUACUUCUGCUAUAUUAAGGCGAGUAAUGGCCAGUGGUAUCAAAUGAACGACUCCUCCGUGUCUGUCAGCGAUAUCAGGUCUGUUCUGAACUGUUCUGAGCAGGCCUACGUCCUCUUCUACGUCAAAUCCAGUGAUGUGAAAAAAGCAGGCGACUACAGCCAUGUGAGUGUCCACUCAGGAGUGCCCGGUCACUCCUCUCCACGGCCUGUGGCGACACCACGCAUCAACACCGCCGUCCACCACCACAACAACAACAACAACAGUGGCUUUAUUGGUCCACAGCUGCCCCCUCACAUGACUAAGAGUACACUCCAUGUGAAUGGGAAUGGAUCUCUGAGUGACUAUCCUUCCAGCUCCAAGUCCAGCAGCACCAGUGGGAAACCCAGUCAUGGACCACCCUCUUCCUCCACCGUCUCCCACUCCAUCAGUCGUCCCUCAAUAAUCCCCGACCAGGACAAACGCCAGAAGCUCUCAUUCUUCAUUGGACAUAACAAGCAGAACCGCUCGUCUUCUUCGGCCUCGUCCUCUUCCAGUUCCUCUUCUUCCUCCACAUCUUCUCACAGUCAUCCACCUUCCUUCUCCUCCUCCAGCAGCAGCUCCUCCUGCAGCAACUUUUCCUCCUCACAGUCUACCUCAAAUGUUCAGUUUGUUCCUCGUCAGCUGAACCACACUAAUGGCGUGUCGUGCAGUAAUGGAGGUCACCACGCUGCAGGAAACGGAUCAUCACUUCUGGUUCCCUAUAGUCAGGAAUCCUCAGAGGAUUCUGAUCAGGAGAUCAGUGGCACUGUGGACAAAAGUUCCUCAAAGUUGAAUGGAAAGAACGGGAGAGGGGGUAUCUUUGAAAAGUCUCCACAGCCAAAGGAAUUGGGAGUUAACCAUAUAGGAAAUGGAUUCAAUGGGUCAAUGAACGGAGUCUCAAAGUUAGGACAAAAUGGAAACCAUUGUGGACAGCAUAAAAUCAAUGGACACACCUCAUCCUUUGAGCAGAUUUCUGCCACUCUGUCCUCAGCUGCUUUGUCUUCUUCCACUGAUGCUGAUGCCGAUUAUAACCAACCAAGUAAAGAAACCAGUAAUUCAUCCAGGUCCCAGGGCCUCCAGUCUGCUGCCAGUGAAAGCCAGCACCUGUCCACUUUUCCAAGGGCUAAACCUGUAUCUGAACCUCCGCCUCAGCACACAGGAUCCUCCACCGUCAGUGUCUCACCUUCAGCCUCUGCUACAGUCACAGGCACCCACUCUGUUCCAUCAUCUCCUCCAACUCACAACGGCAACCCUGCGGCCUUAACAACAUCAUCAGACGAUGGAACUCCUGCUACUCCACAAAAGGUUAACGGAGCUGCGAGUAAGGCCAAAGAUCCACCACAGACAAAUGGAUCCUCAGAAGGCACCGAAGGACAAGAGGUCACCAAGGAGCAGCUCCAUUCCAAGUCCGGUUUCCGAAGCAGCGAGAGACGUAGUUCUCGAGACAGAGACAGACUGAACUCUGAGAAGAGCAGAGACAGGGAGAGACAUUACAGGGACAGGAGUCACAACAGAGACAGUGACGGGGAUCGCUACUAUCACAGGCGUGACUACAGAGAUCAGCGCAACCACUACCGCUCAAACAAAGUCCGAUGGCCUUCUCACAGUCGACACACUAGGGAUGACGAUCGUUACAACAAGGACGACCGCUACUACAGGGACGAGUAUUAUCAUUCUUCACAGACUUACUACCAUCCCAGGGAACGGGACCGGGACAGGUGUGCUCACCAUUAUCAUUAUGAAAAACCCAGAGAGGACUGGGACAGUGACAGGAGGGGGCGGGGGUAUUCCCAUUAUGAGGAGUGUCGCAGCUCAGGACGCUUGUGCGACGACGGUCGGGAGUCUCGGGUGCUCCAUGAAAAGAGCAACGGCAGGGCGUCAGAAAGGUUGAAGGGAUCACCUCCCCGGGGUCACACUGCAUCUAGAUCAGCACCGAACUCAGAUGACCAUGAUCACAAGAGGACGGGUGAAUGUCGGAGCAAAGACAGUGACUACAUGUCGGAGGCCCGUUACUGUAAAAAAACAAAAAAGAGCAAGAAAAAGAAGAAGUCAAAGGAUAAAGACAGGAGCUACAGCAGCUCUGAGACAGAUUCAGACAAAUCUGACACUACAAGAAAGAAAAAGAAGAAAAGCAAGAGGCAGUGGGACAGCCAGAGCCCAGGAGCCAAACGGAGCCGCAGGAGUAAGAGCAGGGAGCAAAGAGAGUGGGAGCGGGAGAAGGAGAGCUGCAGCAGACGUUACCACAACGACAGCGACGGCUUUUCUCCCACAAAGUGGCAGCACAUGGACAAUGCUGAUGCCAGCAGUGACCACCCUCCUGCCUCCCACUCUGGAAUAAGCAACGGUUCAACUUACCCCAACCUCAACGGCCACACAGGAAACGGUUACAUUCGAACCAACGGUAACACCCACAAAUUCUCCAGUGGCCUGAAACACUGACACUGAACUAUUUUAUUAACAGAAGAAGGAAGAGAGAAACUCUCUGACCUGGUGCUUCUCCAUUGAGAAAAUAACGUUUUUACUGCGUGUAAA